GGAUUUCCGGGGUGGUGGACCAACUAGAGCGGCGCACCGUCAACAUGGCGGCUGGGCUGCGGAAACGCAGCCGGGCGGGUUCCGCGGCCCAGCCGGCGGGAGUCUGCGGACAGUGGCUACAACGCGCCUGGCAAGAGCGGCGCUUAUUGCUUUGGGAGCCGCGCUACACGCUGCGGGUGGCCUCCUGCCUCUGCCUGGCAGAGGUGGGCAUCACCUUCUGGGUCAUUCACAGGGUAGCAUACACAGAGAUUGACUGGAAGGCCUACAUGGCCCAGGUGGAAGGCGUCAUCAAUGGCACAUAUGACUAUACACAACUGCAGGGUGACACUGGACCUCUUGUCUACCCAGCUGGCUUCGUGUACAUCUUUAUGGGACUCUACUAUGCCACUGGCCAGGGCACUGAUAUCCGCAUGGCACAGAAUAUCUUUGCUGUGCUUUACCUGGUGACUUUGCUACUCGUUUUCUUAAUCUACCACCAGACUUGUAAGGUACCUCCCUUCGUCUUUUUCUUCAUGUGCUGCGCUUCUUACCGGGUCCACUCCAUCUUCGUGCUGCGGCUCUUCAAUGACCCAGUGGCCAUGGCGCUGCUUUUCCUCAGUAUCAACCUCUUCCUGGCCCAGCGCUGGGGCUGGGGCUGCUGCUGUUUCAGCCUGGCGGUCUCCGUGAAGAUGAAUGUGCUACUCUUCGCCCCUGGUUUACUGUUCCUUCUCCUUACGCAGUUUGGUUUCCGUGGUGCCCUCCCCAAGCUGGGCAUCUGUGCUGUCCUUCAGGUGGUGCUGGGGCUCCCUUUCCUGCUGGAGAACCCCAUUGGCUAUCUAUCCCGCUCCUUUGAUCUUGGCCGCCAGUUUCUCUUCCGCUGGACAGUAAACUGGCGCUUCCUCCCUGAGGCCCUAUUCCUGCAUAGAGCUUUCCACCUGGCCCUGUUGGCUGCCCACCUCACCCUGCUCUUGCUGUUUGCCCUCUGCAGAUGGCACAGAUUGUUUCUACCCUCUUCACCUCCAACUUCAUUGGUGUCUGCUUCAGCCGCUCUCUCCACUACCAAUUCUAUGUCUGGUAUUUCCACACACUGCCCUACCUCCUGUGGGCCAUGCCUGCACACUGGCUCACACACCUGCUCAGGUUGCUGGUGCUGGGGCUCAUCGAGCUCUCCUGGAAUACAUACCCAUCUACAUCCUGCAGCUCUGCUGCCCUGCACAUAUGCCAUGCUGUCAUCCUGCUGCAGCUCUGGCUGGGCCCGCAGCCUUUCCCCAAGAACAUCCAGCACAUCAAGAAAGCCCACUGAAAUCUACCCCUUUCCUUCCAGUCCACUCUCAGGACCCUGGUGGAAUGGACUCUGUGCCCUUUCAAAUAAACCUUUCCAAGUCAACUUCUGUGCAGCCUACAUGGAGAUAGGAGUAGCUAGUGCCUGGACCAGGCUGUGAGGGGUAUGUACCCAGCAGAUAAAGAGCUUACUCAGGCAGUCCUAAGAGGCACUUUAUUGCAUAGGAUUUGGGGACUGUGGCUCUCUCUCCUUCCCCUGUGCUACACAGAGGAAGGGGCACAAGGUGGGAGGAGAAGGAGAGAGCACUGGCAGGCACUUUUUGUGAAGGUAAGAGGAUUUCUAGGGAGGGAAUGAGAAGCAAUGGAGGACAGGCUGACACCAGCCUACCUCUUCCCAGCACCGAGCAGCCGGCCUGGGCGGCAGUGAAUUGAGUAUGUUGGGGACACCAGUCCCAGUGGAGGGCUGCCCUCACACAUUUGCUGGGCUGUAGCACAGCAGGUGCAGCUGCAGGUUCUGGUCCCAGUGGCGUAGCAGCAGGAAGAGUCCCCUGGCUGCAGCCUUGAGGGCGGCCAGGUCAAGACCAUCAGGCAGGUGCUGGGCCUGCAGCCAGCAAUCUGCCUUGGCUGCUGUCAGUUCCCAUUCACUAAAGGCAGCCGCACAGCGGUGCUCCAGCCACGCAAGUGCCACAGCUGUGGCCCAGGUGCGAUCUCGAAGAUCUGAGCCUCCUAUCCCUUCUGCUCCUUCCGAAGCCUCAGUAUCUGAACCCCGCCCACUGUCUGCCUGGCCUGGACCCUCUGAGCCUGAGCUGGGGGACGGGCUACAAGAGGCUGUGGCACUGUCACCCUGGCCAACACUAGGGCCCAGAAGUGCCCAGGGAGAUGAGGCAGAGGUGGGGCUGAGGCUGGCACGGUGCGCAGCAAAGGGUGAAGCACGACACAGGCGCUCCUGGGGAAUAUGCACAGCAGCACAGAAGGAUGCAUCCAGACGGAAGGAGCCUGGUGCUUCUUGUAGCCGCACCUGAGGAGAGAGGAGGUGGGGGGAGAAGUGAGCUGAGACAUCACUCUAGCUCUGGUGACACUACCCUCCACCUCCCGAGUCCUCACCAAGGGCAUGUAGUCGUGGUCGAUGCCUCCACUGUUGCCUCCAUUGGCCUGGCCAGCCUUGGGACUACAGAGUCUCCGUCGGCGGCUCAGACUGAGCCUCGAGGAAGGCUGAUAGGGCAGGUGGUGAGGACCUCCAGUGGGAGUUGUUGGCUCCCCCAAAGCUGACUUGGAGUUGUCAUUUUGGUCCAGGUCCCAGGUGCCUACCAGAGAGCCUCCCUGAAUUUUUGUGGUGGGGCCAGCCAGUGUCAACUGGUAGUCCCUCAGCCUUGAGCUACCCUUUCCCCACAUUUGGGCUAUACCUUUAGGGUGGGCUGAAGUGGGCAGAGAAGUUGCAUCUAGAUGGCCCUGAGAGACGUAAGUGCCUGGGGGUUCAGCCGAUUCUGCAGGGGCAUAGGAGACAGGAGUCAGGUUUGUCUGCACAGGUAGUUAGGUGAGAACUGUACCUAAGAGAUCACCAAGGGAGGACUCCUACCUGAGCUCCGCACCUGCAGGACUCCGGGCAGGACCUCCCUAGUAGUAGCAUCCACAGCUACUGGGCAGGUGAAACAGGAGGGAGCACAGCUGACCUUGCUUGUCUGAAGGGCUCGAAGCCAGGACCUUCGGGCGUGGCCUGUGAAUCCAAGGAGCAGCAUGCUGAAUUCCCACCCUCUACAGAGGGCUACAUAGAAAAACCAUGUUCCCCACAUCUUCUCCCUCUGUCUACUUUUAAACAGAGUAGUAAAGUGCCCUUCUCAGGCCUAGAACCAGCUAUGACAAGCAGAGCUAGAAACCCCUAGCUACCCAGAAACUCAACAGUCUAGACACCACCAAAGGAACAUUGCUGGGUACUCUUUCCUCCACUCAUUACACAGUGUCCAAAAGAACUUUUCUGAGGGAAUGGAAAUUUUCUGUCUGCACUAUCCAAUAUGGUAGCCACUCGUCACAUGUGACUUCCAAGCACUUCAAGUGUGGCUGGUGCAAUCAAGGAACUAGAAUUUUAACUAAUUGUAAUAGUCAUUUUCAGAAUGACAAAGAUUUGUUUCUGUGUUGCAGGCACUGAUAAUUAUUACAAAAUCAUAUUUUCCUCUGUAUUGGCAGCUAGGAAGCUUAUCAGGCUUGAGUCCCAUGCUUUUAUGGAUAUACAACUUCAUGGUAUACAUUGUUAAUAUAACCUAAUUCUUGGCUCCCUUUAUUUUCAUUUUUUCCCAUUGUCCUGCUUGAUUUCUAAUCUCAAGCCACCUGAAUCCUUUAUGAGCAAAGUGAGGAAAAGAGUGAUCUAACAGAGACAUACCUCUGCUGCUUUCUGUCCCAUGCCCUUAGGCUCCAACUGGGCCACUAGCAACUCACCCCGGUCAGCUGUGGUCUCAGCUCCUCGGAGCGCUAGCUGUUCAUUGUCUCGGACCACUGAGGCUGCUGUCAGUCGGUGAAGUGCUUGGUCCCAAGCAGCUUCUCUUACAGCAGUUGAUGGAGGCUUUGAGGCAUCCCCAGGUCCCCACAGUGUCUCUAGCCCAACACCCACCUCCCAGCACAUUGGUUGCUCCCCAUACAGGCCCCGGAUGACCACAUGGCAACGUGGAGCCUGGGGAGGCACUGGAACUGCUGGAGGGGUUGGUUCCCUAUUUGGGGGCACAGCUGUGAACAAGAAGGGUGGUUCCAUCAACAUGUCCCAGUCCAUGGGGGCUGGGGAGAGCAGGUUUCCUAGGGAGAAAAGAUGGCAGGGACAUUGGCAGUGUAGUGUCUUGGGCUCCAUGUCCCCAAGCCUCCUUUUUUUUAUAUAUAUAUAAAUUUAUUUUUUAUAAUAUUUAUUUUUUAGUUUUUUCAGCGGACACAACAUCUUUGUAUGUGGUGCUGAGGAUCGAACUCGGGCCGCACGCAUGCCAGACGAACGCGCUACCCCUUGAGCCACAUCCCCAGCCCUCCCCAAGUCUCCUUGAUAUUAGAGAACCCAGCUCCAUUUCCAGCCCUUACCUGAGUCGUCCAGGCCCUGCCCAAGCUGUUGGCCUGACUCAGGGCCUGGCACAUCUGGUACUGCACCCAGAGAAGGUUGCCGGGGUCGGCAAGGGACUGGGUUUGCCUGGCCUGGUGGAGAUGAGAGACUUCGGCCAGCCAGAGCUGCUCUAUGCCUACGGCCCAGCACCUCAGCACUCAGGGCUCCUGCCUGCAUGAGAGAGAUGUGGGGCCACUGGUCAGGGGCUGCAGAAUCCCCAGCCUUCAAAAAUACAUGGUGGGCUACAUGCCCCUUGUCAUCUCACUCUACUCCCUAUUGCCCACUUCAGGUUGUUGUUUAUCUGUUUUUGUUUAUAUCCCCUUCUUUGCCUAGUUAACUUCUUCUACUUAUUCCAGACAUGGCUUUUACUUUCCUGACUCCCUCUGACAGAAUUAGCCAUCCUAAUUUGGAGCCCCAAUAUUCAUCACUGAUUAUUGCAUGGUAUCGUCAUUAUAAAUUUAGCCAUUUAUCUAUCUAGACUUGAUAAACAUUGCAUAAUGUCUGGCACACAACAGGUGGUAAAUAAACGCUGGAUACAUGAUGGUUGAA